AUGGGUCGAGUUAUCUACCUCGACGUUACCGGUCGUAGGAGGUUGGAUGAAGAGGACAAGUAUAGUGACGGCAGACCCAAGCAUCACAGCCAGAGAGGUUUCUUCUGCCCACUUCGGGAGCACCUCUCGAUAACGCGAGUGCCCAGUCUCGUUGAUCCCCAACCAUUGAAGAGAGACGGUGUCGGGUCCCUGGGGUGUUUGCCUAAGGUGGCCUCGCCAGUGUGGCAGUCGGUAAGACUUCUUGGUGAGCCGGCGACGUCUACCAUACCGCUGGACGAAGUCUUGAUCGCCCCAUUGGAGCCUCUGAUGCCGCCCGAGAUGUUCGAUGAGAAGAAGGAGAAGUCGGAGCUCUAUCUGUCAUCGAUACGUUCCAAAGGGCGACACCGUAAGUACCUGUUAGCUCGUGAGUCCCCAUACUAA